GUAUGUACGAAAACAUCGAUAUAUCUACCUAUAUUUACCGAUAAUCGUUCGGUUUCUUUAUUUCAUUACAAUUGUAUAGAUUUGUCUUAAGUAGAGACCUAGAACUAGUAUUAUUUUCUUAUCGUAAUUACGUUAUCGGUUUCAUACCGCAACCGAUAAAGUACCGAAAAAAUAAUUACCACCCUUGACGCUGGAAACAUUUUAUUCUAAAACGGGACAACAGAGUUGGCAAUAAAGGGGAUGUGGGACUUAAACAAACGAAGAUCGGUCUCUAAACUUGAGGAUGAGAGCCUGAAGGCUCAGACCGAGGAUUUUCUAAUAAUAGCGAAACAAUACCGGAAUUUGUUUCAAUUUUUAGUAAUUAUCGAUGUAGGUAUACCUUUGCGGGCAUAAUACCAACAUUUAGUCCCCGUUCGAGACCAAAGGGGAUUCCAUGACACACCAGGAAGACCAGUUCCGCGGAUGAUCGAAGAUAACCUCCAAAAGCCUGACCGAACAAAAGAAUCCUGGCGCCUGGUGGUCGUCUAUCGUCGUUCCUCUCUCUCGGAAUUCAUUUUAUCAUCGCGUCGAAAUGCAAUUUGUAGGAAUUCUCCUCAAGGCCUGGCAAUGCUCGGCGACGAUAACCGUGACAGGAAGCAGAUAGACGGCUAUCGCCGCGCGGCGCGUCGACGGAAGUGAUGUUCCCGCCUUCAUUCGGAGCGGAAUAACCCCGAAACGCGGGAUCACUGUUUCCAUUCAUAGAUGCGGAACGAUCCUCGGUCGAUUUCACUUUUUACUCUUCUCGCAGUAGGUUGCACCUUCGUCCGUCACUUCCUCCGUUCAUCGAGGCGUCCGCCAUUGUGGUUCUCCACUGUUCUUCGGUAGUGCCGUUCGUGCUGUGCCCGCGAAAAUUUAAAUCGCCGUUAAACAAAGAUCUACCCGGACGUUGUUCGCGAAUUAUGUGCACGUAACUCGUAACUUGGACUUGGAAACCGACUCGGUCUCAGGAUGAAGAUACCUUCGGCGCUGAUUCUUCUUCUUCUUGGCUUCUUCGCGCAGUACGUCAACAGUAUACAGUCCAGGUGUCCGGUGGUGAGGCUACUGAAUGGAAAAGUUCGAGGAAGAGCCAAGGGAAGAAUCAUCAGAUUUAGUUGUUACGAGGGUUUCACUCUCGUAGGGAGCAAAUAUUCCACUUGUUUUCGAGGCCAGUGGGAUACACCUACGCCCGUAUGCGUCAAGGAUGAUUGUCCUGCCUUCCCAACCCCUAAACACGCCCAAAUGGAACAGCAAUACAAUGGCGCGAUAUUAAUAUAUUUUUGCGAGCCUGGUUACGCAUUGAUUGGCCCGGCCCGAAUUUAUUGCGAUGGGGUGCAGUGGAACGGCACGGCGCCAUAUUGUCGAGACACGAGUGCGUUGGCUCCAACGCAGUGCGAUUUCGAGAAACCAGACCUGUGUUGGUGGGAACAAGACCCGCAGCAUGAUUUUGAUUGGCGACGACACAAUUUUGAGACACCGAGUUCUCACAUCGGAACAGGCCCCACGCAUGAUCACACAUUGGGAAAAGGGAACGAUGGCUACUAUUUGUACAUCGAGGCUUCUGGUCGAUUGGUGAACGACACGGCCAGAAUCAUCUCCCCUAUCUAUAACGCGUCGUACACGGAAGCAGGCUGUUUCUCCUUUUGGUACCACAUGUAUGGAGCCACAAUAGGUAUACUGAACGUGUAUUUCAAGGCAGAGAAAGACAAUACGCCUCGUCUGAUGUUCACCAAAGAGGGCAAUCAAGGGAAUCAAUGGCUGCACGGUACUUUCAAUCUUCCCAAAGCAGAAAAAGGUUUUCAGAUCGUAAUUGAGGGUGUACGGGGAAAUAGUUACGUGAGCGAUAUUGCGAUCGACGACGUGGCCAUUUUACAAGGCGACAAGUGUGGAAAUGGAAACAAAUCGGAACACCAGGCUGUGACCGUGAGCGACGACGACCAAAUCGAGCAGGUGAACGCACAGCUGACCUGUCGUGGACGAUGCAAAAAUAUUUUCAUGUACAAUUUAACGUCCACCGAGGAUUGUUACUGCACCCUCGACUGUGCUGAACACUCCAUUUGCUGCCCGGAUUACGCGGAGUAUUGCGUACUGGCUUCCACCGAAUACGGAACUGCGGAGGUCACGGAAGCUACAACCAUAGUCCAUAACACGACGACCAUAACGAACACAACGCAAGAAUACAUAGAGACCGUCACGCCAAGAGCCAAUGAUGGUAAGUUUACGCACUCGACUCCGAAGGACGAGAUCGACCCCGUUACGGCGAAGCAAUCGACGGCUACCACCGUGGUCAUCCCCGUCACUAACGUAACUAGGCUGAAAACGUCUAAAACAACUCGUCCAACUACGCCUACCGUGACAACUACGAAAGCGGUCCAAACAAAGGGGACGCCAUUCGCGCAGACGACUACCAAGAGAUACGAGACACCGGAACAGCAACCCGCUGAUCCGAGUGUGAGUCGACAAGAUCCGGAAAAAGUGCAUCGCGGCUCAGCGAAAUUCAAUCUGCCAGGAAUUAUCGGGGUGGUGGUCGGGACCCUGACAGGAGCAUCGAUCACGCUGAUGGCCACGAUCAUCAUCCUGAGACGAAGAAAAACUUACAAACGCAGCACGAACGGAUCCGCGCUCUCCGAGGACAGCGACGUCCGGUUCCUGACGUCAGACGAGGUCCUGGACUUCACUCUAGCCAGACCCAGCGACACCGACGAGACGAAAGCGGUGUUUUCUUCGUAAUUAUCGAGGAACACUCGUCAGAGAUUGGUCAUUAAGAAUGAAAACCAUCGAAAGUCUUGAAAGUUCAAUGGCGAAUCCGAGGGAAAGAGAAGAGGUUGCAAACGUUUUCCUUUUCGAUAUAGUAGCACAUAACUCGAGAAUGAAUAAUCAUUGAUGUUUGAAAAAAUUCACAGGAGUACAUUACGUGUACAUAAACGUGUGUACGAAAUUUGAAAUCGAUAGGUUCAAUAUAUUCUUUACAAUUAAUUCGCGAAUAGAGCACUUUGAAGCAGGCCCUUACUGGUUCGAGCCUAAUGUAUUGGCCGCUCGAGGUCGUUGGCUGUUCAUCCCCACCAUACUCUGAUAACUGUAGAAUGAUGUAAUCUUUCAAGAUAUUCGUUGAAUAGCUAUGCUUCGUUUGCAGGAAGACGUAACAAGCAAAAGUUGUUAUUUAAUUGUGUAAUUACUAUUAUUCCGAUCGAUCGAAUUUUCAAGCGAUGUUAGACAAUUAUAAGCAACGUUUACGAUAUUGAGGUGAAGCUCGAUUCACGCACAGCAAUGAUAAUUAUGAUAGUCACGAUAACAGUAACUUUAAGAUUAACGUAUUGUAUAUAGUAACAGUAAUAAUAUUUUUCUGCCCAAAGAGUUGUAUAAACGGGAAGUGCAUGAAA